AUGCUUAGCCACAAGUUAAGGUUUAGGAGGACCUUCGCCUCAUACACAGUUAACCGCUUCAGCAGCAACAACAGCAGCAGCAGCAACAACAACAGCAGCAGCAGCAGCAACAGCAGCAACAGCAGCAGCAGCAGCAAUCAGCGACUCUCCUGUUAUGUAGGGAAGGACGGAGGGACCAAACCCCAGGGGCUGCCUACUGCUGCUUCUGGCCCUAGUGUUGCUGCUGCUGCUGCUGCUGCUGCUGCUGCUGCUGCUGUGCUGCAGCCGAGGCAGCUGCUGCGCGCUCUUCCCUUUUUGCCCCCACAUCAAAUUGGGGUUUCGCUGCAGCAGGUGGCGAGACACCCGAGAAGGCUUCCUCAGCAGUUCUGGUUUGCUGCUGCUGAAGCUCUCUUAUCAGAGCAGCAACCUGCUGCUGCUGCUGCUGCUGCUGCUACUGCUGCAGCUUCUUCAGAUACCGGAGCCAACCCAUGCAAGCACCAGCCGAUACAGCUGCAGAAACAGCAGCUGCUGCUGAAGGACCCACUCUCCCUCUGCAACAGCAGCAGCAGCAGCAACAGCAAGAGCAGCAGCAGCAGCAGCGGAUCCCUCCUGUCGCAGCUGCAGCCAGAACACUGCAGCACAAUCGCGAAUGCCUUUGCUGCUGCUGGGAGGGCUCACCCCCGUCUUUUUGCUGCUCUUAAUGAAAGAUUUGGUGGUGCUGCAGCCAGUGCUGCUGCUGCAGCUGCAGCAGCAGCAGCAGCUCCAGCAGCAGCAGCUGGCACAACUAGUGCUGCUGGUUUUGCUGCUGUUCCUCAGUCGAUCGGUAUAAGGGCGGGCGCAGCAACGACAGCAGCAGCAGCAGCAGCAACAGCACCAGCACCAGCAGCAGCACCAACAGCAGCAGCAGCAGCAGCAGCAGCAGCAGCAGCAGCAACACUGCAUCCGCGGCAUGUCUCCCUUCAUUUCAAUGCCUUGGGGAACCUGCGAAUGCGCGAGGCCGCUCUACACUUCAUUCGAGUAAUCGACUGCAGCAGCAGCAGCAGCAGCAACAGCAGCAACAGCAGCAGCAGCAGCAGCAGCAGCAGCAGCAGCAGCAAUGGUGUGUGGCCUGUCAUUAUUAGCAGCAGCAGCGGCUGCGACCUGUCUAUGCUCUUCUCAGCCCUUGCGAAGCUGCAGAUACAUCCGGGGCCGCUGCUGCAGCACAUGCUGCAGCGCCUCCAGCAGCUGCUGCUGCAACAACAACAACAACAACAACAACAACAACAACAACAACAGCUGUUGCUGCUGAAAGGCCAGCAGCAGGGAAGGCAGCAGCAGGGAAGGCAGCAGCAGCAGCAGCUACAGAAGCAGCAGAAGCAGCAGCAGCAACAGCAGCACGCACUGGAUGGCCGCAGCGCUGCGAAUAUCUGGGCUUCACUGGCGCAGCUGCAGAACGCGGUGCAGCAGCAGCAGCAGCAGCAGCAGUUGCUGCUGCUGCUGCUGCUGCAGCUAAGUGAUGUGCUGCGUGCGCACAUCCUUGCUGGAGGAUUGACGCCUAUUGAAGUCUCCCUUGCAGCAAACGCAGCACCCAAAUUUAUUCAGCAGCAGCAGCAGCAGCAGCAGCAGCAGGUGGGUUUGCAGCUGCAGCAGCAGCACAGCUUUCAGCUGCUGCUGCAUGCAAUUGAAUGGCAUGUGGGGCAGUUCGGGUGUAUGUACACCUCACAGGGGCUUACUCUGGUGCUGCAUGCUUUCUCUAGGCUGCAGCAGCAAGCCCCGCUGCUGUUUGCUGCUGCUACUCCGCUGCUGCUGCAUCUGCUGCCCUCAUUCAAAGCCCCCUGUUUUGCUGCUGCUGCUCUGGCCUACAGCAGCAGCAGCUGCUGCCUUCCGCAGCAGCAGGUGCGACAGCUGCUGCUACGCUUCUGCAAAGAGCUGGAGACCCGUGCAGCAGCAGCGGCAGCAGCAGCAACAGCAGCAGCAGCAGCAGAGCCGCUUCCUGGUUUUGCUGCACAGCAAAUCUGCGGCAUCCUUGGGGCUAUGGCGCAUGCAGGCUGCUGCACUACAGGUGCCUUUGAAGCUCUUUGCAAGCAGCUGCUGCUGCUGCAGCAGCAGCAGCUGCUGCUGCCUCGCGAUGCAGCUGAAGCAGCAGCAGCAAUGGCGGCACUGCAGCUGCUGCAUGCACCCCUCCUAAAAGCUAUUGUCUCUGCUGCUGCUGCUGCUGCAGCAAAUUACUCCCCUCAAAAUAUCACAAAACUCAUCUGUGCAGUGGCACAGUUCGCUAGCAGCAGCAGCAGCAGCAGCAGCAAUGCUGCUGCUGCUGCUGCUGCUGUUAGGAGUGUGCAUGCAACAAAUGAAAUGUGGCGGGAGGAGGGGAUUCGUCUGGCGUUUGCUGCUGCAGCAGCAGCAACUGCAAAAACCCCAAGUGCUGCUGCUGCUGCUGCUGCUUCUAGUUCUGCUGCUAAUCUGCUGAGCACACCACGUCCAGCAGCAGCAGCAGCAGCAGCAGCAAAUGCUGCAGCAGAUUGGGACGCAGACUCUGCAUGCAGGUUUCUUCAGGGCUGCUUCAUGCUGCAGCUUAUUGAACCCGCCGUAACGGAUUGGGCGUGGAGAGCUGCAUUCCACAGCAGCAAACCGCCGACCCUUGCAGCAGUUGCUGCUGCUUUGAGUGCUGGGGCGAAGUGUUUAGGGCCCCUGAAGCAACACGAGGCGCUGGCAAUAACUCGUGCAGCCGCGGCAGCUGCAGAUUUGGAGUUGAAAGCAGCAGCAGCAGCAGCAGCAAAAGCAAGAGGAACAGCAGCAGCAUCAUCAGCAGCAGCAGCUGCUGCUGCUGCUACUACACUAACAGCAGCCCUGAUGCACGCAUCGGUGAUUGCUGCUGCUCUUGUUCGGCUGUCUAUCAGCAGCAGCAACCCCAGCCUUCUUCAUUUGCUGCUGUUCUCUCGCGCUGGGCCCAUGCUGCAGCAGCAGCAGCAGUUGCUGCAGCAGCAACAACAGCAGCAUCAGCAGCAACAGUGCUGUGCCAGUUUGCAGAGCUUAUCGCUUCUUAUUCUUUCCUGGGGAGCAGCUUCUAUUUAUACAGCGAGACACUCCCACACAGCAGCAGCAGCAGCAGCAGCAGCAGCAGCAGAUGUGCAGUUCCUGACGCCUAUCGUGUUGCUGCUGCAGCUGCAGCUGCAGCUGCAGCAGCAGCAGCAGCAGCAGCAGACAACCCAAAGGGGCAGCAGCAAAGCUGCAUCACGCCAGCUGUUGGUGGGUGCUGCAUGCUGGUGGCACUCGCAUGCAUCUGCUGCUGCAGCUCCUGCUGCUGCUGCUGCUGCAGAUGCUGUUGCUGCAGCUGCACCAAUUAAGCUGCUUCGGCUGCUGCUGCAAAUCGUGCGGCUCGCAGAGGCUCUCAGCAGCCCCUCCUUGCGGCUGGCUACACAGCAGCAGCAGCAGCAGCAGCAACAGCAGCAGCAGCAGCAGGAAGAGCAGCAGCUAAUGCAGCAGCACAAUGACGUCUGUGAGAUAAAUGCCGCCGACGAAGAAACAUCAGAAAUGCAUCUUCAGGUGUCUGACGUCUUGGCCUCAACUCUAACAAAGCUGCAGCAGCAGCAGCAGCAGCAGCAGCAGCAGCAAAAGCAGCAGCAAAAGCAGCAGCAGCAGCAACAGGUGCAGGAUUGGCAGCUUCUUGCGGAGCACCAAGUCGGUGUCUACCGCAUCGACUUGCUGCUCCUUCCUAAACCCCAACCCCCCGCCAGCUCUUAG